AUGCACGACGGCUCGGGGGAAGCACGGAUUCACAGGCUGAUGCUGCUAAACAUGGAGAGUCGCCCCCUCUGCGGAAUAAACCCAGUGUGCGCUCAUGGUGGCAGCUCAGUGAGUUGGUGAAAACAAAAGAUUUGGCUUCUACUUUUUGUUUUUUUGUUUUGAUACUCGCAUCUGCAACGAUGCGGGCUGCGGACCGGAGACGAGCCGCUGCGGCUGUCCUCUUCCUGGUGGGACUCCUCGGCUCCGGAGCGGACGCCAAAACGUCGCCGGAGGGCGCAGCCACGGAGGAGGUGACUCUGAAGGUUCACCUGAGCGAUGCCAGCACUCACCAGCCCCUGGGAGGAGCUGCAAUACAGCUCUUCACUAACUACACUUCUGUAACCACGGAAACCUCAUCACCUGACGGCAACACCUACCUGCGCUUUCCCUACCGCCUUGGGACACCGUUGGUCGUCACCGCAACCAAAAGGGGAUAUGUGCCGAACUCUGUGCCUUGGACUCCCUCCAGAUUACCUGUAUUUUCCUCCAUCAGCCUGGACCUGCUACCAGAAAGAGCUGCUACUCUGAUGGUGUAUGACGAUGUUGUGGAGAUUGUUUCCGGCCUACAAGGUUUCAGGCCUCAGCCCAGUGUUCAUUUCCAGCGCAGAGCACUGAGUCUUCCCUCCAACACAUCGUACGCCAACCUAACUGCUCUGCUCACCGUGGCCAGCUCCCUCUCGCACAUCCAGCACUUUCCCCACCUGCAGGUCCUCAGCGGCAACGGCACAGGGACAGAGAAGAGGUUUGAGUUGACUCCUGUGGCAGCCAUCUCUGUUCACUUAUUGGCCAGCGACGGAGUGGAGCUGCAGGUGAACGAGCCAAUCACAGUCUCCGUCCCCCUGCUGGCUGACAGUGGCCUGAAGGAAAAUGAUUACAUCCCUGCUUGGAGAUUUGACCCGCGCUUUGGGGCCUGGAUAAAGAGCAGUUGGGGUCACGUGCAGCGGGACGGCAACCACCUCAGUCUGACCUACAUUGCUCCUCAGCUAGGAUAUUGGGUGGCCGCCAUGUCCCCACUCCACUCAGGUCCAGUGUUUGCGAAGGACAUCAGCACGUACCACACCGUGUUCCUGUUGGCUAUACUGGGAGGCAUGGCUCUCAUCCUGCUCUGCCUGCUCUGCCUCCUGCUGUACUACUGCAGGCGUCGCUGUUUGAAGCCUCGAGGGUCUCACCGCAAGAUGGCCCAGCCCUCUGGUCUGGACGUCAGUACGAGGGACCAGGCCACCUCCAUGUCCCACCUGGACCUCAUCAGCAACGAGGCGCAGCUGGAACUUGUUUCUGCAGCGACUGAGCCCGACAUGACGACGCCAAUGCUGAAGCCCUCCUCAUAUGAGCACCAAGACGAUCAUCGCCAGCACAGCCUAAUCCAUCACAGCAAACACAGCCGCUCCUCUCUGGGCAACAGCCACCACGGAUCAUCUCUUGGCAAUCUGACGCCUCGCAGCAGAGACGACCUGCAGUCUGCGGAGACGUUCCAGCUGAAGGCUGCCCUCUCCUGCGGAACAGACCGAGGCUACCGUCAAUCGUACGCCUCCGUCUGCUCAUCCAGCAAUCCCAUUGCAGACGCAUCCACCAAUCACGGCCUGGUGGCGGCUAACCAUCUGAGCGGUGUCGGGAUUGUCGAUUGCGUCUCCCCUUCCUCUCCUCCUCACUCCCCCAGUAGAGGGGAGGGAUGCGAGUGCAGAGCUCCGGACUACCUGCUGUCCCGCUCCGUGGACCACCUGGAGCGCCCCAGUCCCCCGUUGCUCUCCCGGCCGGGCCAGCUGCUCUGCUGCGGCUCUGUGGACCUGCUGAGUGGAGGAGAAGGCUACCCGAGGGUGCGUCCUACACUGGUGAUCCCGGCACACUACAUGCGACUGCCAGGGGAGCACCCUCUGUCUGGUCAAGCCCUGCUCCUGCAGACUGAUCAGCAGAGUGACCUGGAGACCAUCCAGGCUGAGCUCAAUGCCUCACAUUCCCAGCAGCCACUGGGGCAAACUCACACUGACUGUUCUCCAUGUCCGACCAAGCAGGGUGACGGGGAACGACUCGGCCUGUCGCAGUCUCUGUCUAUCCCAGCAGCACUUGGGGAAACGGGUCUCGUGGAAAUAAACAUUGAGGACACCUUGUGGGCUGAAAAGACUUUAAUGGCGCUCAGAGGAGGGAAGCCUCUGCUUCACCCACGAGCUUGGUUUGUCUCACUUGAUGGAUGCUCCAAUGCUCAUAUUCGCCACUCCUACAUCGAUCUCCAGCGGGCGGGUUGUCACAGCAACACGCCAAACGGAGGAGGUCAGCAAGGUAAUGGCAGCGGCGGGAAGCGUGGCGGGAGGCGUGGCAACAGCAACGAUGCCAGUCUGGACUCCGGCGUGGACCUGAACGAGCCAAGAGUGGGCCGCAAGGGAAGAGACGGAGGGCGGGAGGAAAGAGAAGUUGACCGGUCGAAGGGCCCAGCACCAGCCAUGGCCUACACUCAGCUGGUGUAUGUGGAUGAUCUGGUGGAAGGGGGAGGCAGCGAGGAGGAGUCUCCAGAGUGCAGCCCACAGGACAGUAUAACAGGAUCCAUCCUGUCAGCCAAAGCAGAGUGGCAGAGAGGGGAUCAGGGCCAGGGGGAUGAGGAAGAGGUACAAAUAGAAGAAGAACCACCCUCACUUUCCUCUUCCUCCCCUGAGUCUCCUCCUCCCUUGCCAACACCAGAGGGAGAGACGUUCAGGACUGAUCAUGCGCUGAUGUCAGUCUCUCCUGACGACGAUGCAGCACACGAGGAUGGAGAGGAGGAGAAGAAGAGUCCUUGGCAGAGGAGAGAGGAGCGACCCCUGCUGGCCUUCAACAUGAAAUGAUCCACAGACGACCACUUCAAGGAUAGGACUGCAUCUUUUCUUAAUAAAUACUCACGUGCCCUUAUGUACAUUGGAAGUUGUUCUAGUUGGUGUGAUUGUUCCUCCUGUGAAUACUGGCCUACCUGAAGAAACAAAUCCAGUCAUUAUUCUUUGCUUUACUUGAGCCGUCUGAAUUCAUCAAAUCAAGUCAGAAUCUCCCAAAAUGUGUCUUUUAGAUAGGUAGAGGACUUUGUUAAUCCAAAAGGGAUUCUAGCAACAAUACAUGCAUUAAACAUAAAUAACUAGCGUGAAUACAAACAAAUACCUACAAUCUCUCAAACUGGUAAACUGAUGCAAUUUAAGUCAAAAAUCAAAAUGAUUUAAACCUAACUGAAGUAACAUCUCAGGACACUUAUUGUUUUACUCAAUCUGACUUACACUUCCUGUAACCUGAAAACCACUUCAUAGCAAAUAGAUGCAAAUAGAUGCUCCUUUAACUCCUGAGAAUCAUCACGUGUUCAAGUUGUAUUUACUGUGAACAUGCAUGGAUACAGUGCAAAUGCAAAAAAAAAGAAAGAAGGAUGUUGAAUUCGGUCCCCCGUCUUUUAUAUUAAAAUCACUUUAGAAUGGGAUCUUGUUGCUGCCAGUGUAGACAGAAGGAACAAUGACAGCAACUAUUGAUGUGGGCGUGUCAGUGUUGUGAGACAGAUACAAAUGUGAACCUAUCCUUUAACCACGGCGUCCCCCGUUUCCCAGAGCAUAACGUGAAGGAUAUCACCAUUUAAAUUGUGAGUUUUAAUUUUUCCUGAAUAGAGCACUGAGAAAACAUUUCAGCACUGGGAUACCGUUCUAGUCCAGAGUAUGAAGGAACGAUUCAGAUCCUUCAUGAACAUCCACUGUGGUACUCCACUUGCCAUCCUCACGACGCUUUGCAUAGACCACUCAUCAGGAACGAUGUACACAUUACCUGAGGGAGACGAAUAGACAGUGGAGGCAAGAGAUUUCAAUAUUUUAUGCACAACAAAUAUAUGCCUUUUUAUAUAUAUAUAUAUAUAUAGCCUUGUAACCAUAAAGGAACUGUUGUUGAAGCGAAUGAUGGGUGGUUCUCACAAAAUUUAAAACUACAGGCGCCUUUUUUCUCGAGCCAUAUUGGCCUCAGUCGUCUGACCGCAAAUAACACACUUUACUUGAAAGUUAGAUUAUAACGCUAAUUUCUCAGAUUGUGUAGCAGCUGUGCAACAUACUGCAAGAGAUUCUACUCGUUUUGCAGCCAGUAAAAGUGUUUCAGCGUGUUCCUGCACAAGAAUCAGGCCUGACGUAAACAUGUGAAUCCUGUAGUUUGAAUGGUUUUAAGUAUGUUGCUAGAAUUGAAUCUAGUCCGCCAGAAGGCUGUUUGGUGUUUACAUGAACUACAGAGGGGGGUUAAAAUUAAACCACUAUCCACACUGCAACAGAUGAUGUGACACACCACUAUGCUGUGGGAGAGGAUGUAAUACCACUGCAAAACUGUAGUUCCACCCAAAAUGAUUGCGGUGUAAUAAUAUGAAUGGUUUUGUAAUUGUUGAACCACUGACUGACAUUUUUGCUCUUCAGGCUAUGCAUCACUUUUAUACGGCUGCUUGCCUUUUUGUAAUUUUCAUCAUGAUUUGAAAUUGCCAACAUGAAGUAUUUUUCCCUUUUAAAAUAGGCUGUUUUUAUUUUAUUUAAUAUGUUAAGAGUUUUUUCUUCUUCACUCGCCUUAUUGUUAGAGAUACAGAAACUUACCUGCUUUUUCCUGAAGCCAAACUAUUUUUGCAUGCUGUUUCACCUUACUUAAUUUUUUUUUUUUACCAUUUCCUCAUGUUCCAAGUGCCUUUGAACAACCUGUCUCUAUGUCAAAUUUCUUAUUUAUUUCUCACCUUCUUUUGCUUUUAUCUUUUCUCCUCUACCUCAGCCCUCCCUUUCUCUCCCACUUGUGAAAGAAGGCAUGCAGUAAACUUAGCGUAUUACAAGCUACACUGCAGACAUUUUCAAAAAUGUCUACCAGCUGCUGCAAUCAUAAAAUCCUCGACAGCAAGGCACCAAUCUGUCUUAGUAAGCAGUUCAAGAUUUACAGAAAGAGUGUAGUAGGGGAUAGAUAAAGCUAUGUGUGUGAUUGGGCGUGAAGCUAAACUGCAGGUCAUUUAAGUGCUAUUUUUUUACAUUUUUGUUUAGUUUGUAGAGGGUGAAUGUUUGUCUAAAAUGACUUUAUGUGCUCCAGGGUGGUCGUGGUAAUGUCAGACUGUGUGGCCACAAGGGAGCGCUGACAAUAAUCAACAUACAUCUACUCAAGGCUCACAUAGUCAUACAAUCAUAUUACAGUGUGUAUAGUUAUUUCCUUUCCUGUACCUGGUCUAAAUGAUGUGUGAGUUGAUGUUGUGAAUGGCCUCUUCUCUCUUUGUAUCCCACACCAACAUCCAGUUCGAGGGGGGAGUUGCAUUACAGCAUCUUGAGUGUAACUUGGUUGUGUGCAUUAUAUUUGAAGCCUAUUAUUCUGAAUAAACCGCCAAACUGGAA